AUGGCGUCGGUAACAAAUGAAGCCGAGCCUGAAAGUAUAGAUGAAGGGGUAAUGCAGGUUUCAAAUUCUGCACACAAUAAUAAUUCUACAGGAAAUAUUUAUAUCAGUUCAGUUGUUUCACAAAAAUCCGUUGAAUUAAAUAAUAGAGAUGUUUUAAAAAGACGCUUAAUACAGAAUGCGGAAGGAAAAGUAAAAAAGCGCAAAGCCUUUGUUAAAAAGUUUCGUAAGGAAUGGAUGGAGGAACCCAUUUUUAGAGGAUGGUUACAACCUAUUCCUAAUCUUAGCGAAAAGUGUUGGUGCUCAGUUUGCAACGUUGUUUUGUUGUGUGGUCAUAGUGAACUUGAAAAGCAUGCUUCUGGAAAAAAGCAUUCUGAUCUUAUAUUACUACAUCAGUUAAAGGGUAAUCUUAUAGAUUCUAGCCCUCCAAAAGCCAUUUUAGACGUUAUUAAUAUGGAAGAUUCUAAAAAAGAAGAGAAUAAUAUGAACACUUCCGAUUUAACUGUUGUACCAACAUUGCAGAUUCCUGCUGAUAAUUCUGUCGACUCACAUUUAGUCUUUCAUGUAAUGCAAGAUGGAACGUUGGUGGAAAUGAAAAUGGAAGAUUAUGAAAAAAUGACGGAAAAUUCUCGUGAAAUGGAAACGUCUGUACCCAAAAAAGCGAGUUCCAUUUCAAAGGGGACUAUUAUUAACGUUGGAAAUACAACAAUAACAAAAAGAAAUGUUACUGGGAAAACAAUGCCAGCCAUACUAAGACAAACCUCAAAGACUCCUCAAGUUAUAAAAAUGUGCGAAGACGAUAGGAGGACAGGUAUUUUGCUUGAACAAUACGGAACAGAUACCGAAGAUGAUGAUUACGAUGAUGAUGAUGAUUUAUCCGAUUCGCAACAAAUGAUUAAAGAGAUGAAAGCUGAAGCAGCAUACCAAGAAAAAAAAUUAAUAGAUCAAAAAAGAAAAGAAGCAGAAUUAGAAAAAUUAGGUUUAAAUUCAUUAGGGUGCGAGAUCAAAGACUCAGAUGAAAUAGUUAAGCAUAUUGCUGAAAAAGAACUAGAAGUAAGACUGCAUCAUUUACAAGAAAAGAGGAGGCAAAGGUUUAAUAUAUACAAAUUAAGAUUACAGGAAAUGGAUGCCAGAGUAAGGGCAGCAGAAUUAGAAUUGUCCAGGGGGGAAGAACUUCACAAAUUAAGAGUACAGCACUUAAAAUUACAAAUAAUGAAACAGGAACGUUUAAAAAAUCAAGAGUCAUCUUAUGACCGUGAAGAUCAUUAUGAACAUGAUGAUAAUUUGCAAUAG